UAUAAGGGGCAGCUGAUGCCUGGGGCAAGGCUGCAGUCAGCAAGCAUCCCUGCCCUCAGGAUGGCGAGGGAACUCUUCAGAACCCCAAUCUGGAGGCUGGAUAAGUUCAUAGAGGAUCACCUCUUUCCUGACAUCAUCUUCCUGACUGAGGUCAGAGCAGACGUGGAGCUCAUAGGUGCUUUCCUGAUGGAGAGAUGCUUCCAAGGGGCCGCCCACCCUGUGAGGGUCUCCAGGGUUGUGAUGGGCGGCUGCUACAAUGAAUACACCGCGCUCAAGGGCAGGUCCGAGGCCAACAUGGCGGUGUUCCUUAUCAACCUCGCCAGCUUUGAGGAUCAGUUCAGGCGACAGGGAGAGUUCAUUGAAGAAAUUUGGAGACACCUGUGUCAGCUGCAGCAAGAGAAACAAUUUAAACUGAAGUUUGAGGUGCAGAGCUCAGAGCAGCCCAACUCCAGGUCUCUGAGCUUCAAGCUGAGCUCCCCUGAGCGCCAGCAUGAGUUGGAAUUUGAUGUGCAGCCAGCCUAUGAUGCCCUGUAUGAAGUGAGACACUGCAAGCCCUUUGACUCCAGUAACUACAACGAGAUCUACGCCCAACUCAUCCAUGAGUGCACCAUCCUGAACAAGGAGGGUGAGUUCUCUAUCUGUUUCACCGACCUUUAUCAGAACUUCCUGAAGUAUCGUGCGCCCAAGCUCUGGAAUCUCAUCCGUCUGGUCAAGCACUGGUAUCAACUGUGUAAGGAGAAGCUGAAGCCGCUGCCCCCACAGUACGCCCUGGAGCUGCUCACAGUCUACGCUUGGGAAUGCGGGAUCCAAGACAACCCUGGACUCCAUACAGCCCAGUGCUUCCGAACUGUCUUAGAACUGGUCACCCAGUACAAGUCGCUUCGAAUCUACUGGACAUGGUGUUAUGACUUCCGACACGAGAUCUCUGCCUACCUGCAAAGACAGAUCAAUAAAGCCAGUCCUCUGAUCCUGGAUCCAGUAGACCCAACAAGGAACGUGGCUGGUUCAGACUUACAGGCAUGGGACCUGCUGGCAAAGGAGGCUAAGAUCUGGAUACGUUCGACUUUCUUUAUGAACCCUGAUAUGUCCGUCGUGGAUGCCUGGGAUGUGCUGCCAGAUAGACAAGAAUGUGUCUUCCUGUGAGCACCCCCAGCAUCUGCCCAGAAGGCUCCAGAGUCAGGGUCACGUCCUCCUCUGCUGUAAGACCUUGACCUAGAGAGGACAGGAUGGUGCUCAAGGCUUUCAGCGAGGGGCAUCCAACCUGGGAUCAGACUCCAGGCUUCUGUUCCCUGCCUGCCCACGGACAGCCUUCCUCACAGCCUGCUUCGUCUGCCUUAGCCUCCAACAGUGUUCUCUGGGAGUCAGACUGUGAUGGCCAGAGAAGAACACAAGCUUGACUUCCAUCUGUCCACCUGUUGGGAGGUUCUGUCCAAUAGUGUCUGAUCGUCAUCAAUAAACCACUGCAAGCCAUGAGGGGGGUGUGCACUGUGAGGGAAGGAGUCCUCAGACCACACAGAAACUCUUCAGCAGUGCACGUGGCCCUGGAGCCCUGGGAAUCUGGCCAGUGUUUCUGCAACAAGCAGCCUGGGUUUAUGGCAGUGCGUACAUUUUAAAAUUUAUGAUUUUAAAACUUAGGGGUGUGUGUGUGUGUGUGUGUGUGUGUGUAUGAGAUUUGAAGCACUGAAUUAAAGCAAAAUGCAUCGAAUUAAACUAA